AUGCCUAAAGCUGCCAAAAAGCAGUUUGCCACCAAGCCAGCUCCUGCUGGUGACCAGAUGAACAAGGUGUUCAAAUUUAACACAGAACUUGGUCAGCAUAUAUUGAAAAACCCUCUCAUAGCCCAAGGUAUAGUGGACAAAGCAGAAAUUAGACCCUCUGAUGUGGUGCUAGAGAUUGGUCCGGGUACCGGUAACUUGACCGUCAGAAUUCUGGAAAAGGCCCGCAAAGUUAUUGCCUCAGAAGUGGACCCCAAGAUGGCCGCUGAGCUUACAAAGAGAGUUCAGGGCACUCCGUAUGAGAAGAAACUUGAGAUUAUCAUGGGCGAUUUCAUGAAACUCGAGACCUUACCGUAUUUUGAUGUGUGCAUUUCGAACACGCCCUAUCAGAUCUCGUCUGGUAUUGUCUUCAAGCUUCUUAGUAUGCCUAGACCGCCAAGAAUCGCUGUGCUCAUGUUCCAACGAGAGUUCGCAAUGAAUUUAACAGCACGGCCUGGAGAUGCCUUAUACAACCGUCUGAGUGCCAACGCCCAGAUGUGGGCCAACGUGAAGCAUGUGAUGAAGGUGGGAAAGAACAAUUUCCGGCCUCCGCCCAAGGUCGAGUCAUCUGUGGUGAAGGUGGAGCCAAAAAUUCCUCGUCCCAACCUUGACUACAACGAGUGGGACGGACUAUUGAGGUUCUGUUUCAACAGAAAAAACAAAACCCUCAACGCAACUUUCAGGAACAGCAAGAUCCUGGAGAUUUUGGAGAACAACUACAAGACGUUUCUUGCCAUUUUGAGCGAGCAAAGAGGCGAGAUGAUGGUGGAUACCAAGACAGACUUUUCCGCAGUCGUCAAGGAAAAUGUCACGAAAGUGCUUGCAGAGACUGGUUUUGGCGAACGUAGACCGGCGAAGAUGGACCAGACCGAUUUUCUGAAGCUACUGUACGCGUUCCAUCAAGUAGGUAUCCACUUUGCAUAG